AAGGGAUAAUAGUAAGUAAAGGAUUUGCUCUGGCAAUGGGACACUGCCCUGAUGCUGUUUUCUGCAGUCCAAAGGAGCUUAGAAUCUGCAUAGACUGGGUGUGGGACACAUGCUUUGCAUCUUGGGGCACAUAGCAGAGGGUUUUGCUGGAUCUUGCAUUUAAUCAUGUGGUGAUGAGUUCUGUGCAUUGGCUGAGAUAACAAAACCUUUUUCUUUUUAGAAACAAUAUCCGUAGGCUGAAAUAAAAGGAAGUUGCCAAGCAGGAAACGUGGCCAGUCACAUGAGCUUACUCUUUAGUUUCUGUAGAUAUUUGUAAACUCCCAUACUCUUAUAUUAUGGUGCAGUUGUUUUUUUUCAAAACAAACAAGGAAAAUUCUAACCCUUUGUUAUCUGUAGCCUAUGGGUGAAUUUCUCCUAAAGCAAUUAGUCACAGAACUGUAAAGUUGAUCGGUAUAAGAAGAGGAACAUCCCUUAUUUCCACACUUGUUUCUAUCUCAGGAAAUAUUAAAUUUGGCAUUGUUUCUUUUUUAUAUUCAGCAUUAACAUUCAUUUCCAUAACUGAUGAGGGACACAUUUUGAGUCAUGAAUGAUGUGGUCCUUGGAGGAUUUGAAUGAUGCUGAUAACACUGCAAAUGUACUGGAGAGUAGGUGAGAGAAACAAAGAAGGAAGAGAUGAAUACAGUGACUUCAGAUACAGCCAGAACUACAACACAGCAUGCAGCAAUAGGCAUUCAUUGCAUGAGGAGAGCUGGAUUAGAAAGCACCCAGAAUUUGGCCAGGCCAUGGGAGGGACAAUCUGUGCUGUGGCAUCAAUAGUGGACCUGGCAGCUGCAGCUGAUGUUACAGACAGUGCCUUGGUCUUCUUUGUGACAGCAGAUGUCUUUAUCUUAGUCUGCAUUUUGAUGUACUUGAUUCUUCCUACAUUAGAAUACUCCAGAUACUACAUGACAGUCCAGAAGGAUAGCACAUACUCACCUAGUAUAUUUCCCAACAACUCUUUAGGGGAAGAGAAUGAGUCCCAAAGUAUCAACAGCUCGUUUCCAACAAAAAGAGCCAGAGACAAAAACAGCCCUCCUUUGUGUCUCAUCCUGAAGAAGACUGCUGUCCUGGGAUUCUGUCUCUUCUAUGUUUUUUUCAUCUCUAUCAUCAUAUUCCCUUCUGUCUCCUCUAACAUAGAGUCUGUCAAUAAGGACUCAGGGAGCUUGUGGACAAAUAAGUACUUCAUACCUCUUACCAGUUUCCUUUUGUAUAAUUUUGCUGACUGGUGUGGACGACAAAUCACUGCCUGGAUCCAGGCCCCUGGUCCGAAGAGCAAACUGCUGCCUAUUCUGGUUUUCCUGAGGACCUUCUUACUCCCCCUAUUCAUACUAUGCAACUAUCAGCCUCGGACACAUUUCAAAACAGUGUUCUUUAAGACUGAUGUCUACCCAACUGUCUUCAUUACACUUUUAGGACUCAGCAAUGGUUACCUAGGUACUUUAGCUAUCAUUUAUGGCCCAAAGAUCAUGCCAAAAGAGUUGGCAGAGGCAACAGGUGUGGUGAUGACAUUUUACCUAAUGUUAGGGUUGGCAAUGGGAUCUGCCUUCUCAGUUCUUGUUGUCCAUCUCAUAUAAAAGAGUAGUGGCAGGAUGAACAGUCCCCAUUCUCUUUGUGUAGUUGUCUUUGGAAAUUUCCGAAGGGCAGAAUAUAGCUGUUUGACAAACCCUACGUGCCUCAAGAAGGCAGGCACUCUGGCAAGUGUUAAAGAAAAGCCUUUUAAAAGAGGCCAGCUACACAAGGCUUUGGAACUUAGUUGCUGCUUUUCCAUUUGCAGUGGGCUGGUGGGGUCCUGCUGCUCUGUUUGUGUGCACACUUUUAAUGGUUGUCUUUUUGUAUCUAGGUAGUAGCAGAGAGAGUACCAAAUUCUGAUUAAUCUGUUAGAAAUCUGGGAUUCUAAAUAUUUCUGCAAAUCAUCCUGUUGGUAGAAUUAAAGCAGCCAUUAUUUUAGUGAGAUGCUUUGAAGGAGUAGUUAAUAAACUGCAUUUCCCAGAACGGUGCCAAAAUUAUUGAGGAUGCACAAGCAGGGAAGUAAAUAAAUAGCCCAUGUUGAAUUCAGGCAACUAAAAACUGAGGACAAGUAUUAAUAUUUGCUCCUGUAACAAAGGUUGGUACUACCUGAGGAAAGAGUUAUUUUCAGGCUCCUACGAGAAGACUGCACAGUGAAAAGUCAUAAAAUAUGGACAGUAUUCCUCUAAGCAGAUAUACCAGAUUAGUAAAUUAUAUGACUGAGGGCCAAUGGAUUUCUUAUAUCAGAAGUCUAAAAGUGUGAGCCUGCUGUAUGAACUAGAUUAAAGAACUGGGGCUGGGAGGACAGAGAGGGGAAUUCUCAUGCCUAUUGUAUAUAAUGACCUAAUGCUAGUCAGUCACUGUGUUGAGGGCAUAAACCCCAUUUCCUCUCAGCCUGCAUUGCUGAAAUUACAGGAGUGAGUUUAGAAUGAUGUUAAUAUGUUUUUUUUUGUCAUCAGCUGACAGCAGCUAAUAACUACUGAUUCAGGUGCUGGACUCUUAGCCUCUUGAAGGUAACCUCUGUAGUACUGCACUUUGAAUGCCUGUGUUGGGAUUUAUAGACUCAAGGCUUCCAGCAUAUGUCUCAGCACUCUUCUGAUGGGCUUUUAAACUAAGAUGAUGGCAUAGUAGAAGAGAUGGUUAUAGGGAGUGAGUUGUGUAUAACCUCUGGUGUUUCUUGGGGUCAAAUAGGAAUGACCACUCAGCCACCCUGCCCCAGUUUUACUGAGGGUGUUUCCCACUGCUUGACAAACAGCAGAUUCAGGCCACCAAGCAGAGAGAUGGAGAACCAGCUGCUGUCCCCAGGGAAUCUAUGAAGUUAGGACUUGAGGUUCAGGUCUAGUCAGGUGGAACAGGUGAAAUCUGUCUAAUUCAAGAAGCUCCUAAAAAGAGGUGGCUUCCUAGGAUGGAGAAGGACAGAAAGCAUAUGCAGGGAUUCUAGGCUCAAAAAGGACCCUGGUAUGUACUAUCUUUGACAUGGAUCUGGGCAAGGUGGCACCAGGUACACUAACAGAGCCUACUGCCUCUCUCUGACAUGGGUUUGUCAUAGACCAUUACUGUUUCUGAGUGUCUAGACACUAAGUUGCCAAUAAUGCUGGAGCUGAAGUAAUCAUUUUAACUAAAGUCCUGUGAUUUGUGAGAGAGCUUCCAAAGUAGGUGCAGGAAGUUAGCUCGGAUGCCAUAUAUGAUGCAGUGAAGGCUUCCUCUCCUCAAGUUGGGUAGACACCUAAUAAAACUAUGUUGUUUCCACUAACAAUUAUACCUCUUUUCAUACAACCUCUGAACUAGAGGUUAGAUGUUAUACUUUGAAGCCAGUAAUCCACAGAGCUAUGAUAGCUAAUACUUUCAAAAGCUUCAGUAAACCCUGUAAUAUCCUAUCAAAAAACUUAAAAGGAAAGUUUUGGAGGACUUUUUUUUUAAGUGACCUUAUGCUAUAGUACCUCAACAUCAGAAUGUGUUUCCAUGUGGACUAUUUCUCCUGUACAAUGUAUAUAAAACUGAUUUGUUGUAGAAUUACAUACACAUCCAAAAUCAAGUCUAAUAAACAACUUUUA